AUGCUUUAUUUAAGGGAUCUUUGGAGAAGGCAUAGGAGGAAGGUUUUGGUUACAGCAGGUGUUUUAGGAAGUGGGUAUUUGUUGUAUAAACUAUAUGAUGCUCACAAACGUAGGCUUAUUGAUUUGGAAAGUUUCGGUUUUCAUUACGUUGAUAGAAUGCAACUCCAUUUUGAGAACAUUCAAAGAAUUGCUGAUACAACAACAUUACCUCAUGCAAUGCCCCAUUUAAGUUGCCGGAUAGCUGAAGAUUUGAACCUUUCACAUCUUAUGGAGAGACUAGUGAAAGGGAAGGAUCAGUCCAACAGUUUGUCUUCUUUAGAGAAACUUGAAUUAUGGGACAGUCUCAAAAUUUUGAGUUUUACAAGAAUGGUGGUGUCAAUAUGGGCAGUAACCAUUCUUAGCUUAUAUAUUAGAGUUCAAGUCAACAUUCUAGGAAGAUAUUUGUAUAUUGAUAUUGCACGUGGUCUUGGAAGCUCUUAUUUACUUGUAAGUGCUCUACAUUUUUAUCUGUAAUGCCUGAUAAAUAUGUCCGAUUCAUCUGUUGUUAAUUAGAAUUGAUUGUGGAACCAUG